AUGCCACCGAAGACCAGCGGUAAAGCAGCCAAGAAAGCCGGCAAGGCGCAGAAGAACAUCUCCAAGGGAGACAAGAAGAAGAAGCGCAAGAGGAAGGAAUCUUACGCGAUCUAUAUCUACAAGGUGUUGAAACAAGUGCACCCCGACACCGGAAUUUCGAGCAAAGCGAUGAGCAUCAUGAAUUCGUUCGUGAACGACAUCUUCGAGCGCAUCGCUGCUGAAGCAUCCAGACUGGCGCACUACAACAAACGUUCGACAAUUACCAGUCGGGAAAUUCAAACUGCUGUCCGACUCUUGUUGCCCGGUGAACUCGCCAAACACGCCGUCAGCGAAGGUACCAAAGCUGUCACCAAGUACACCAGCUCCAAGUAA